GUUUUAAAAUUCAUUUCAUGUUAUUCAACUGACGUUAACAUCAGAAUAAUUAUGCAAAUAAUAAGUGAAGGAUAACUAAACGUAAGAUGGAGCAACAAGCGAAACAAGUGCUGUCUCUACGUUUGUCCCGUGUUUUAGAGGACAUCGGGGUGAACAGGUACAUGAUCGCCAGGAGGAGGAGGACGAGGCUGAUGAUGGAGACAAGGAUGACAAUCAGUGCAACAUUAAGGGGUAAAAACACUAAAUUAUAUCAUUUUGGCAGCCAGAGUGAAGGAACUACAACCGUUGGCAUGCAAUCAGACAUAGAUACAUUGUUCUGCUCUGGUUUCCCCGUCAUAUUGGACUGGGAUGAGUGGCAGCAGAGAAAGAAUCAACUCCUUGUUGUCAAAACAGAUCAGUUCCCACCCCAGCACUGUUGGCUGCAAUGGCUGAGACCUGACGAUCCAUUACCAGAGACACAGGUCACAAUUCCCAGUGAUGUGAUAGACAAUGAGGGCAGAGUGCUGUAUACAAACUCUCUGGUUGAAUACCAAGACAUUAUCAGACAAUUUAGCUCAUCAGGUGAACUACUGCAACAUGGUCCAUCUAGAAGCUGGAAUGAAGAUGAUCUUGUUCUUGGCCAUCAUUGUUGCAGUCUCCCAAAGGAGUGUCAGUUCCUGUUCCACAGACCCCGGCCUGGACACUGGCCCAGACCUGACACACUGGCCAGGUCCAGACAAACUGGAGUGUUUCUGGUGCCACAGGGAUAUUCCGAGUGUCCUUCAAGACCAACCAGAUGUCGCUCUACUGCACUUCAUGUUACCCCAAAUAACCCAUACUAUCCACAGUCAAACUGGGAAUGGAGGUUUUCUACAUCAAUGAUGGAAAGAUUACUUAUGUUUGACAUGAACACAGUACAAUACAAGACAUAUGUCUUCAUUAAAAUCUUGAGAAAAACUUUCAUAAAGCCACUGGUUGGAGACCGUCUCAGUACAUUUCACAUGAAGACUGCAAUGCUGUUCACAAUAGAGACAUAUCCACCAGAGAUAUGGAGGGAGGAAAACCUAGUACAGUGUGUGAUUUACUGCCUGACCACACUUUGCAGGUGGCUGAAGUUGAAACACUGCCCACACUACACUAUAGAUAGAGUGAAUCUUUUAACAGGGAAACUAUUCAAACAUGAACUCCCAAUAUUGUCUGCAAUGCUUUCCUCCUUAAUGGAAUCCAAUAUGCCCUACAUUCCACAGAUAGACAUGGAUUUACUUGGAGUCAAGAUGCUGGCUAUAAGCAGAAGCCUUGUUCCUGGAAGUAACGAAAGGAAGAAAAACAAUCAACUGAUCCUAUUUCAUCUGAAUAGAGAGUACAAUGAUACACUAGUAAUAUGGGGAGAACUUGUCAUAACUAACUUUUCUAUGUACACAUGGGACGAGCUCAAUGCACUCAUUAUAGAAUAUCUUCACACUUUACAACAAAUAUCCCAAAAUGGGACAGACUUGGAACAAGAAUCAGCUACAAUGAUUAUGCCUCUGUUGUAUAGUUCAUUUGCUCCCCUGAUAGCCUCAAUGUGUAUUCACAUAGGACAAUCAAUUACACAGGACAUUCUCCACCUAUACCAUCUAUCCUUUGACACUGACCUUCUGUCGAGUAGACUAAAGUUUGCCUCCAUGCUGUACUGCAAUGGGCAGUAUGAUGCAGCAGAAAACUGCCUGGUCUACUGUGAGGGACUGCUGGGGCCAGAAGUGUGGCAAUCAUGCAGUUGUGUUGGAAGAAUUUGCAUCGAACCCAGCAGUAAGUUCCUAGACAAGACUGAACAUUCAUCAAAUAAAGACAUACUACAGAAGUUUACUGCCAUAUGUGUAUGUUUCAUGCCUCAAGAAAUGUGCUGUGUACCAGAACACCUGCUGUAUGAAAUGUUCAGAACUGUAGGAGAUGAAGACAGACAACAGAGACACCCAGCACGCUAUUAUAAGUGGAUGGAUCAAGUCGUGAUUGACUGUAUCCCGUUCCUCUACUAUCUGCAGUACCUCACAUAUAGGCAACUGCACAUGCAUCAUAGGAAACAUGCUGCCCAAGGAAAGCUUAGCCACUAUAUAUUAAGGGACAGUCAUAGACAUGGUCACAUAGACACAGCUUUAAACAUGCUGGGUAACUGCUAUGAGCUUGAAAACAGACUAGAUGUUGCAUGGAAAUGCUACUCCACAUCUUUAGAAAUCUACCAAAGGAACAAUGCAGCCAAUUGGCACGUGGCCAGAAUACUUCAUCAGCUAGUUAACAGCUAAAUACUGCCGUAUUGAUGUACAGUAAAACACCGCUAUUUUGAAGUCGUCGGGACCCAGCUAAAUACUUCGAAAUAACGAUUAUUCGAACUAUACAUUGAGAGAAAUAAUCCGAAGUUCCACCAACGAUUGUCUCCGAAAUCCAAAUUCUACUCUACCGGCGUCACAAAAUGUUUGGGUCGUGAAAUUUCAAAUGGCUGCAUUAUACCAUUGUAUUUUACACUAUGUAAAGCGAUGUUUAAUACAAUUCCGAAACAUAUAUUUUUUUAUUAUUUAAUUUACACAAAUAAUAAUAUAAUAGUAACAUUUGCUCGGCAGUGGGUUGAGUGAAUAAAGCAUCGAUCAGUGUUGUGGCAGACAUUUCGAAUGACGAUUUUACCGGAAAAGGUUUUAUACAAAAAAUAUCACUCAACAUUAAUCACUCUAUGUAUUCGAUAACGUUGUUUGCUCCAUACACGCGCCAAUUAACCCAAGGCAUUCCUUAAACCGCAAUAAUUGCACCUUAUUAUAACGUUAAUUGGUCUGUCACGCUGAUGUCAGCGUAGGUGUGAAAACGCAACAAAGCGAGGAGCAUGGGUCGUCUGCUAGCGGAUUCGAAAAUUACAUUGACUAUUUUUGUGCACAGUUUCGAUUCGAAUUAAAGAUUAAUAAAUACACGUGAAAAACGUAUUCGGGACCGAAUAUUUAGUUCGAAAAAUGGAUUUAUUCGAAAUAGUGAAGUUCAAUUUAAACAUUAAUUUUUACAUUGAAUAAAGAAGAAAAAAUAUCAGGACCGAAGAAAAGUUCGAAAUAUUGAUUAAUUCGGUUUAUCGGUGUUCGAAAUAGCGGUGUUCUACUUUAUAAACUAAUUCAAGUAUUGGUGAUAUCCUCAUCCAUGAGCACAUUGUGCAACAUAUAAAAUUUAAAAAAAACAAUAUAAUGAGACUUACUUUGUUUUGAUCAUGAGUGCCCUGGGAAUGUUGACCUUCCAUUGAAUCAUCUUGAACAGUCGCUCCAAGUGCUGAAACAAGAGACAUACACUACUGUCUUAGCGCAAAGAGAAAAGAGAACUUCCUUGAAUCAAUUUUUAAUACUACAAAUGUAAUUAAGAGUUGUAAAUAGUGCCAAAUAUUGUUUAGAAUGUUUUUACCAAACCAUUUAUGUAUAUUUUCUAGCUAUGAUGGAAAUAUUGUCAAUGAUUUUUCACUGUAUUACUUA